AUGGCCACUGAAUUGGUGAUCAAAAAACGAGGCAGGCCAAGGAAAGCAAAUAAAGAGGUGUCAACCACCGAGCCAGAUGCUGUAUCAAUCAAUCAAACUUCGAUAAAUCGUUCUUUCAGCACCAUUGGGAGUAUCGAGAAGACGGCUUCAGCAAGGACGACUGCUACUCAGAAGAAGACCAAAAUUACCGAGAGAGAAAAUAAUGAUCUCUUGGAGUUGACCAACUCAUCUGCGACCCGCAAAUCGUCGAAGUCGAGGUCGAAGCCAAAAAGCGACGUAUCAGAGUCAUCGAUUCUCCAGCAAGCGACAGCCUUUGGUACUGCGAAGCAGAGGAAUAUUUCAGAGGGUGACUUGUCUGUCGAAGCACAGAACGAUCCUCUUCUCGAUGCGUCAGCUAUCACAAAAAGUCGUGAUUUCACUUCUUCGCCAACCAAUGUUUCUGGUCCAGCUGUAAAGGAGACAAGUUCUCCCGAAAGACCGGAGGAUGUACCUGCACAAAGAAGCACGAAACUGUCUCAAAUUACACUGAAAUCGGACAAACCAGCACAGAAACCGUCCUCCUUCCUCGAUUCCUUUCUUUCUGGGGUAGCAGAUCCAGGUCCGGUUGUGUCAGAGGCCGACAAGAUUUCUGACCGCGCUGCAUUUAACCGCCCAGAGAUAGACAUUAACGACAUUGUAUCAGGCGCAGGCGUCACUGAUAUGUCUAGCUUCCCACCACCGAAACCCUCAAGUAUCAAGGUCCGAAAAAGCGCGAUACCUAUCACUCCACCAAAGGCGUUCAAAGCUUAUAGUCUGUCUUCGUUCCCUGAUUCGGCGCAAUCUCAAGGGCGAGCCAAGCAGGUACCAUCAAGACCAUCUAGAACAGUCGAUCCGCUUAGCUACUCUGUGAGGGACUUCUCAGCUUUUCGCAGUAAACAGCCCCUGGCUGGCUCAGCACAUAAUAUGCAUACUGCUUCACAGAGCUCAACUGCGAGAGCUCCACCCACUCAGCAGUCCCCUUCAGUUCUACCUCAGAGCAACUUGAAUACCACACACCAAAAUGGUCCACCGUCGUAUCAGUCCACAGCAUUCCUUCAGACAUCCUCCAAACCAAUACCGCCGUCCACAACACCCUCGGGGGUGCAGAAUCAGUCUGCUGCUACUUCACCACCACAACCAUCUGUAUCAUCCGCAUCGCCAGCGAGCCGGUCUCCACCGCGACCACUGCCCACGCCUUCAUCGAUGCCAUCUUCAUCAGCGCCUCGAGUCGUCCCAACCGGCGCUGAAGCCAAGCGUCCAACAGAAAUGUCACGCGAUGAGCUCUUACGAAACGCCGAAUUCAAAUCUCUGCGUCGAAGAUGGACAGGCCUGAUCAUAGGUCUGCCAGUGCUAAUCACGACGAGCUAUUUAUUGUGGAACAAGCUCAAUGUGCAGGACCAGAUAGAGGGGAGACGUGGUGAAUUAGCAGGUGUAGAUAGGGUUAGGGGUGUAGUGCCUAAGAGAAUUUUAGAUGACAAGGACUAA